AUGUCAACUGAUGAAAUUUAAUAAAAUUUAGAUAUCGAAGAAGAUGAAUUAAAAAGACUAAGCCGUGAUGUCGAUUAGAAAGUCAUAAUUAGAUUUAGAUUUCAUUCAGAUAAUUACUAUGAAAAAUAAAAUGAUUCUAUAAUUAUUUGUAAGGAAAAAUCUACUAAUUUAGAAUUUGCUAUCAGCUUUACUGAUGCUGAGUCUACAAAUGAAUUUUGGGAAUAUAUAAAGAAAAAUAAUGGAACUAAUUUAGCAGAAUUACCUUGUUCAAUGAAUGCUGAUUAAUUUGAUGAUUUGUAAAUGCCUCAUCUCAGCAAGUUAGAUGAAACGCUAGAAGCAAUCGAUUUAGACUUGAGUCACUUUUGUUAAGGAAUAGUUUACAAACCUGAAUUUCUUGAAAAAUUAUUUGAAACUUUUGACGAACUUGAAGUGUAAAAGCAAACAGAAAAGUUAGAGCAAAUACACCUUAUUGUUAAAAAACUUAUAUUAUCGAAUGAACAGAAGUUGAUUAUGAUGCUUAUGAAUGAUAAAUUUUUCUAUGCCUGUUUAGGAGCUUUUGAAUACAAGCGCGGUGCACCAAAAGAAAAUUAUAGAGAACUCUAAAAGAAUGAAGCUAGAUUCAAGCAAAUCAUAGAAAUUAAAAAUAAUGAAAUUUUAGAAAAAAUUCAUAUGAAUUACAGACUUUAGUACAUUAAAGAUAGCGUGAUUGCAUCAUACAUUGAAGAAUCAACUAGCAACACCUUUAAUAUUAUUAUAACACGCAAUAACAUGGAAAUUCUUGAAUAUAUUAAAGAAAGACAUUUUAUUUCUGAACUAAGUGAAAAAUUUUUUGAUAAUUUAGGAGAUUCAAUCAAAUUCAUAGGUGAACUUUUGACUAUCAUUAAUAAUCCUAAUUUUUAAUUAACCUUCAAGCCUUAAUUAGUUGAAAUCAUGAAUAACUACAACUUUUACAAAGUUUUCUUCUAAGCCCUUAAAAUAAUUUAGGAAACAGAAAUAGAUAAAGAUUUAAAGACAAAGCAAAGUUUGAAGCUUAUGGAAGCAAUUACUAUUUUAGCAAAUGAAAACAAAAAAGAACUUAUUUCUUUUCUGUUUACUGGAGAAAAAACUUUAAGCUAUAGUCAUGCAAAUUAGUAAACUAGUAGAUACAGCUAGAAUAAUAUUCAAACCACCAGAGAAGGCACAACUAUUGAGUAGAGAAAGUAAUAUUUAGCACUUUUAAGCUCGAUAUUGAUAAAUGAAGAUGCAGGUUUGCAAAUUUAAGUAGUUGAAGUAUUCAAAGUUAUUUUUGAAUCCAUGAAAAACAAUGAGUUGGAUGAUAAAAUUGUAAAUCUACUUAUCAAUGAUUUCUUUUCUUAUUGCUUCGAAAAAUAUUCUAAAGGAGAAAUAAACAAUUAAUUCAUAAACUUUGUAAUCCAAUUUUUAGAUCUCUUUUAACUUGCAUAUAAGCUAUCACCAACAAAGUUUCGUGCAUAUGUAUAAAAAAAUUAAUUGAUCAUAAAGCUCUUUUCUAGAUCGGAUUGUAAUGAUAAAGCUAUCCACUUAGCAUUGGUUAAGUUAGUUAGGUCAUUAAUCGUAAGCGAUUAUAUUAUAAUCUCUCAUUUAAUUAGCAACAAAAUUAUUGAUAAGAUUUGGGAAAUCUAUAAAAAGCAUGAAAGAAGAUCAAAUUUAGUUAACUCUACCUUCUAAGAUAUGAUGCAUUAUCUACUUGUCUAAAACUACUACUAAACACCUAAAUUGUUUAAAUAUAUAAUGAAUAGCUUUGGAGAAGAGCUCAAAGCUAGAUAAACAAAAAUAUUGUGCUUCAAAAAGAUUGUAGAAACAUAUGGAUAGCAAAAAGAUUGGAUUAACUAGGAUAGAAAUGAGCAUUUGGACUUCUAGAAUUCAGACUAUUUGUAAUAACCUCAUCCAAUUAUGGAAUAAAUUGAAGAAGAAAAGUAUUUCGACUCUGAUGAUGUUCCUUCUUCUAUAAUUGCUGCUCCUUAAUUAGAUUAAAAGUAGUAACAAGAAAGAGAUAAAGAAAACAUGAUUAAAAGAUAAUCUAUGAAAGAAAGGAUUCUGAAGCAAUUCAAAAAUGAUGAUGACGAUGAUGAUGAUAAUUUUAAACUAAUCCAAGAUUAAAAAUUAUCUUAAAGCAAUAAUAAUAGUUAAAAUGGUUAAGAAGAUUCUCUUUCUUCCAGUUCUUCUUUAGUUGUAAACAUGAAUACUUUAAACGUAAAUGGAGAAUCUUUACUUUCAUCAUAAAAUGAAACAACUACUGUAGAAAAAUCAAAUAAACUCGAAAUAUGCAUUGAUUUAGCCUAAGAUUUGGAUGGAGAUUAAAGCGAAGAUCAACACUCAUAAAAUAAUAUGUAAAUAGAAAUAGAAGAAAAGUCCUUAGGUAUAGAAAAUAUUGGAAAGAAGAAAGAUGAAGAAUUAAAGGAUGAUAAGUGUAAUGGAUCAAUUUUAAGUGAUAGCAGCUAUUCAAAGUUAAAUUCUAAAAGAUCAUUAAGGUAACGUGAUGACAUGGAAUAAGAGUCAUCAAUCUUAGAUGAUCAUUAAAAUGGGGAAAAUAAGAUAAGUAAACCCGAAUUUUCAAACAAAAAUGAAAAAUUAUCUUAAAUAGAAAAUAAAUAAGAGUUAAAUCAUUUAGGUCAUAACCAAUCUAAUUCAGGCUCAAAUUACAAUAAUAUCUUCUCAAAUAAUUAUGAUGACGAUGAAGAAAAGAAUAUGGUUAAAGCACCAGGAGAAGAAGUCAUAUAGAAAAAAAUAAAAGUUGAUUGA